AUGAAAAAUAAAUUAUUUAUUAUUUUAAUUAUUUUUAUUAUUUUAAAAAUUGUUAUAUGUCAAAAUACUACCCCAUCUAAGUUAAUACCACAACAACAACAAAAACAAAAACAACAACAAACACAGCCUCACCACCACCACCAUCACCAUCAACAACACCAACAACACCAACAACAACACCAACCAAACCAACAAAUAAAACAACAACAACAACCACAACAACAACAAUUACAACAACAACAAAAGCAAUUAGAACAACAACAACAGCAACAAAAAAUUCAACAACAACAGCAACCACAACAGCAAUUACUACAACAACAACAACAUUUCCCAAAUUCCCAAAAUGUAAUAAAAACCCCACCACAUCAUACUCAACAAAGAGUACCACAUCACCAUGGUCCCAAUGGUGCACCACAUCAUCAUGGUCCAAAUGGCGCUCCACAUCACCAUGGUCCCAAUGGUGCUCCACAUUAUCAUAGUCCAAAUGCUGCUCCACAUAGUGGUCAUAAUACCCAAGGGCAUGUUCAAACAAAUCAUGUAAAUAAUAUCAACAAAAACAAUAUUAAUAAUAAUAAUAAUAAUAAUAAUAAUAAUAAUAAUAAUAAUAAUAAUAAUAAUAAUAAUAAUAUUAAUGAUAAUAAAAAUAUAAGAAAUAAUAUACCAUCACCAGCUACAAAAGAUCCAAAUCCAUUUAUUAAUAAUAAACCAAAAGUAAAUAGUAAUACUCCUCAACCUUUUCCUCAUCCUCCUCAUAAUCAUAAUUUGGUAAAUGGUGGUCGUCCAGUUAUUCAUAAGCAAAUACCACCUCAUCACCAUAUACCAAUGGGAGGUGGUAAUAUUCAAUCUAAUCAACAUUUUCAAGGUUUUCAACCAAGUCAAGUUUUUACUGGUUCUCAACCAUCAUCAAAUUCAGCAUCACCUAUUUUAUUUAAUUCUGAAAAUCCAUUUUAUAAAGAAGAAUAUUAUAAGCAUCCAGAGAAACAAGUUGAACGUAAAAUCACUCCAAUUAUGGUUUUAUACAUUCUAUUAGCUUCAACAAUGGUAAUUCAAUUAUUUAUAAUGGUUUUUAAACAAGUUAAACAUAUUAGAGAAAUAAAUGCUAAAACAACUAUGGAAUCAUUAUUAUAA